CAAAACAUUACUUACAACUGUAAUGAAAAAUGCAUUUAUAAAAUGAAACGUUAAGAUUUCAUAAAUUAGUAGUAAAUUUGUCUUUUGUUAUAUAGUUAUUAGUGAGUAAAACUCACUAAAAUUAAUAUUAAAAAAAUGUUGACAAUGAAACAGAUUAAAAAUUGUAAAUUUUUAAUAAAAUCUAUUACAGUAAUGAUAUUACUAGUGUAUUCAAUUUUAAUUACUUUUAUUUUAAUUUCGCGAGUGUUUGGAAAAAGUAAAUUAAAUAUUUUUAUCGACAAUGAUUUCUUUCAAGAAGCUGAAGCUAAAUUACGGGUCGAUUUUUUAAUUAGUAAAAAUUCAGGCUAUCUGGUGCAAAAUAAAGGAUGUCAAAUUCCAGCUAUGGACCCUCAUGAUCAUACAAUUAAGAAAUACAUAAAAAUCGCUAAGCCAAUAAAAUGCAAAAAUGAAAACUAUUCAUCGCUUAUAGAAUCAAAUAAUACUGCAAUUUUCAUUAAUUAUAAAUCAAAAGAGCUUUAUUAUAAUAAGACUAAAGCCGAUUGUUGUUGGCAAAAAUUUUGGCGAAAUGAAAACAAUGACUAUUCUUACACAUUUGAAGAAGAAUGUCACAAAUUUGAAAAUUCAGUAGAUAUUUUAGACGAAUUCGUUAAAGUCGAGUGCUCGAGAAAUAAUGAGACUAUCUAUCAAGACUAUCACGCAUUUCUGCCCAGAAAAUCAAAAGUCGAGGAAAGAAUCGAAAAAGUGAUGAAAAAUCGAGAAAAGAAUCAUCUUAGUCUUUUAAUUAUAGGAUUGGAUUCUGUAUCCAGACUCAAUUUUCAUCGAAUGAUGCCAAAAAGUGUAAAAGCCCUUCAAGAUCUCGGCGCUGUGGAAAUGCUCGGCUACAAUAAAGUUGGUGAAAAUACUUAUCCGAAUCUAGUGCCAGUUCUAACUGGUCUCUCCAGUGAGGAAGUCGAAAAAACUUGUUGGAAAUCAAAAGACAGUCCAUUUGACUCAUGUCCUUUUAUAUGGAAAAAUUUCAGUUCAGCUGGUUAUCGAACAAUUUUCGCCGAAGAUGCCUGUUCCAUUACAACCUUUAAUUAUCUAAAGCCAGGAUUUCAUGUUCAGCCCACAGAUUACUAUCUCCGACCUUUUUGCAUCGCUGCCGAAAAUGAAAUUGGAAACAAUCACGAAUUGAAUACAAAUCUCUGUCUAGGUGCUAGAAAAAAUUUCCAAGUUCUCCUCCAGUAUUCCUAUAAAACAGCCGUUGAAUUCAAGAACGAUCCAUAUUUUGCAUUCUUCUGGCAAACAAGUCUGACGCAUGACUAUCUGGAAAAAGCACAAUUAGGCGAUGAUUCAUAUAGUGAAUUGAUAAGUAACCUAAAGAAAAAUAAUCUGUUGGAAAAAACGGCAUUAAUUGUAAUGAGUGAUCAUGGAAUAAGAUGGGGAUCAUUCAGACAGACAUAUCAAGGCAGAGUUGAGGACAGUUUACCAUUUGUUUUUCUCGUAUUACCCGAAUGGUGGAAAGAAAAAUUCCCCUCCGCCUGGGUGAAUUUGAGAAGAAAUGCCAAAAGUUUAACAACAGCUUACGAUCUUCAUGAAACAUUAAUGGAUUUAAAUACCCAGGAAUUAACAGAAGAAAAAAAAAAGGAAAGAGAAAGACGAAUUUUCGAGAAAAAUACCAGAGGAAUCAGUUGGUUCCUUCCAAUUCCAGAUUUUCGAACAUGUUCAAUGGCUGGAAUUCCCGAACAUUGGUGCAUGUGUCACGGCAAUAAGAAAGUAUCUCUAAAUAAUUCAAAUGUACAAAAUACCGCAAUAUUUCUCGUUCAAGAACUGAAUCGAAUGCUCGGAAAAUUUCCCCAAUGUGCUAAUUUGAAACUAAAACAUAUAAUUGAUGCGACAAUGUUGACAAAUGAGGAAAAAUUAUCGAGUAAUGAGACGAAAAAGAAGGAAAUACCGCAGUCUUGGUUUGACUAUACAAUAACUUUAGAAACAGAACCAGGUAAUGCUAUUUUUGAGGGUUCCAUUAGAUACAGAAAUAAAAAUAAAAAUAUGCAAUUAACUGGAGCGAUUAGCAGAUUAAAUUCUUAUGGUAAACAAAGUGCAUGCAUUAAUGAUUAUCAAAUGCGUUUGUAUUGUUAUUGCACAUAAUGCACUUGUUUCAUAUUUCUAUAUAAAAGAAACCAAAAAUGUUUAAUUAUAAGUUGUUUCAAAUUAAAGAAUAAUUAAAAAUCGACAAAAGAUUUAAAAACAUUUUUAAAUUGUAAUAAAUGUCAAACUUUUCAUAUUCAAAUUAUACAUUUAACGACGAAUACAAUAUUUAUAAAUUAGUUAAAGCAGUAAUAUAGAUUUUACCGAUUAAAGUAUUAAUUUCCAAUUUUUUUAGUAUAAGAAAAAUAUAAUUGUUUGUCAAGAAAAAUAAAAAUUAAGAAAAAAGUGA